GCAGCGGGCGCUCCCCCGACACAGCGCUGGGAUGGAGCGCAGGGCGGCGGCGGGGCCCGGCUCGGUGGCGGCCGCUGCGGACCCGCGGGCUCCCGCUCCCGCUCCCGGGCCGCCUCGCAACGUCUUGGACCUCCCGCCCGAGCUGCUGGUGGAAAUCUUCUGCUUCCUGCCCGGGGUCAGCCUGCCCGGCCUGGCCGCCGCCUGCAAGAAAUUCCACCAGAUCCUCAGCACCGACACCAUCUGGAGGAGGCGCUGCCGCGCAGAAUAUGGAGUUUCGGAAAAUCUGCGGCGGCUGGAGACUGUGGGGAUUGCCUGCCGGGACUUGUACAUCAAACUGCUGCAUCCAUACCGUAACAUCCUGGGCUUGUGGCAGCCAGAUAUCGGGCCCUAUGGAGGGCUGCUCAAUGUGGUUGUAGAUGGGUUGUUUAUCAUUGGCUGGAUGUACCUGCCUCCUCACGAUCCCCGUGUCAAUGAUGCCAUGCGUUGCAAACCCUUGUUCCGAAUUCACCUCUGGGAAAAGAACAAGGCAGAAGUGGAAUGUAUGUAUGGUCACAAGGGCUCUCACAAGGGAGACAUACAGGUAGUGAAAAAAGAUGAGUUUUCAACCAAGUGCAAUCAGACUGAUUUCCACCGGAUGUCUGGAGGGAGGCAGGAGGAAUUCCGGACCUGGUUGGCAGAGGAAUGGGGUCGGACCCUAGAGGAUAUUUUCCACGAGCAUAUGCAGGAGUUGAUCCUAAUGAAAUUUAUCUACACCAGUCAGUAUGAUAACUGUCUGACAUAUCGUAGGAUCUACCUCCCACCCUCCAGUCCAGAGGAUCUGAUACCACCAGGCCUCUUCAAAGGAACUUAUGGAAGCCAUGGCCUGGAGAUUGUUAUGCUGAGUUUUCAUGGAACCCACAUUAAAGUGACAAAAAUUACUGGAGAUCCAAAUGUCCCUGCAGGACAGUUGACACUACACAUCGACAUGACUCGUCGUGUCCAGCUGCCUGACAUCGAGCACUUGCAAAACUUUGACAAGCUCUCUCGAAUCGUCCUGGAGAUUCACCAGCAGGUGCAGUGUGACCAACAGAAUCAGGAACACAGGCAUGCCAAUACUCAGCAUAAUGUGGAUAACUCACAGCCUGUGUGUAAUGGUGUACAAGAGCUGAAGGACCAGGGGGCAAAUGCUGCAGGGGGGAACACAAAGACUGACACAGAGGGAGCGAGUGCAGGGGAGCCUGCAGUAGCAGGGCAGCCCUUUGUGCUUCCCGUGGGAGUGAUGGCUCGAAAUGAGGUCUAUCCAAGGACUUGUCGUGCCUGUUUUUAUGGCACUGGGCUGAUUGCAGGGCAUGGCUUCACCAGCCCCGAGAGGACGCCUGGUCUUUUCAUUCUCUUCAAUGAGCAAUGUUUUGGCUUCAUCUGGCUGGACCUGAAAUCCUUCAGCCUGUACAGUCGGAUUGAAGAUUCACUGAAGAAUGCACAAGCCCCUUUCAGAGAAGCUUUCGAAUUGAUGCUGAAGAACAUGCAAUCAUGGACGUCCUGACUAAUGUCAGCCCUCAAGGAAUGAAGCAAUCACAGCUGCAAGGCUGCAGUUCCUCCUCGCGUUCACUGAAGCAUGCACUCUGGGAAGAAAGGUUGGUGUUUGACAUUACCAGAACCACAUAAUGCCUCCUGCUCACCUUGGCCCCUCUCCCUCUCACCCGAGCUACUAUCCGAAGUAAUCUUGUUGCAAUGGUUUUGUAAUAGUUUCUUUCAGAGGCACUUGUGUGGGCAGAGCAGAGAAUGGAGCCUAGAUAGGGGUGCAGAAAGCCUUGCAGCACUUGCCUGUGCGUCACCACAGCAUUGUGUCAAAGGUAGUGAAGAAUGAUGAUCAGAAAAAGCUUUAACCUUGCGCACUAACAUUUGACGGUACCCUGUCUUUAAGGGAGUUUGCAUUUAAUUCUGUUAAAAAUUAUUGAACACGUUUAGUUUUAUGGUGUUUAGAUUGGAGUAGAAAGAGGAAAAAGUGAUUAUAGUAUUUGAUAUUGAAGAAAGCAGACCACAUCUGGACUGAAUGUUUAAUAAACCUCACCCUCAAACUCUCUACACCAGCCAACUGAGGCAGUGAUGCAAUAUCAGGAAAUAAAGUAUUAUUUAAAUUUGAGUUUAUAUAGUUAAGAAUGAAAGAUUUUAAUAUUUAUGUUAAGAAAAUUUAUAAAGAGAUUUUCAGUUUAUUGUUUUAUGUUUGGAAAUAAUUAUUUAAGUUUUAUGAUCUGAGACUUAAUUAAAAGAAACUUUUGGAAA